AUGACUUUUAACACUGCAAAGAAAUCAAAUUCAUCGCUUCUGUCGGAUGAUGUCUCCUCUCAGGCACAACUCAUUCAUUCAAAAAUCGUCUCAAAUAAUUGGCUGCCAUUUCUCUGGACAAAAGAGGACGCUCAACAAGCGCUUUACAUUUUUCACAACAAAAUUCGGCCAAUCAUCUAUUUAACUCCGGAUCAAUCGCCCAAAAACGACCAAGACGACGAGUUGAUUAAC